AUGUCCGACCCAACUCUUUACCUCUACACGUCCCUGACCGCGGGGUCAUCGCACAUCGUCACCGCAACUGCCCGCAUUGAGACAAUUCUCAAGGCAAACAAGCUUCCCUUCCGCGCUGUGGAUGUUGCCACCGACGAAUCUGCUCGGAAGCUCUGGGGUCGCCGCUCCAAGGGCAAGAAGCUACCAGGCCUGGUGAAAUACGGCGACAUUGUGGGAGAUCUAGAACAAAUCGAAGAAUGGAACGAAUUCGGCGAGCUCCGUCUGGUAGUCCUCAGCGUCCAGGACCUGGGUGGAAUGCCAGCAACCAGCAACCCAAUCCCCGCCGCGACCGAGACAAAGACCGAGCCUGAACCCGCAACCCCCAGGCCCUCCACAAUCAAGAUCCAAAGCCCGCCGACUAAGACGGAAGAGAAGAAAGACGACAAAGCUGUGCUUGCACUGCGCCAGGCCAGCUCGGAGGCCGCAUCCAAGGCCGCGUCCAAGUCCGAAGAAAAGAAAGAACCGGGGAAGGAGAAACCCGCUGAGAAGCCAGCCCCCCGUGGACACCGCGGCUCCGUCGCCGCCGAGCUGCCAGACACUGCCCCCGAUUCACCCAAGACAGCCAAACGUCCCAUCCUCGUUCCUGAAAUGGCGGCCGUGUCAUCGGCCAACUUCCACGCGGAUAAUGCCGAGGAGCUUGGGCUGGUUGAGCAUCAUCGCGGUUCUAUCAUCUCGACUACGGAUAAGGCGGAGCAGGAUAAGGUUGUGCGUGAGAUUAGGGCGUCUAUUACUGCUGACGAGCCUUCUGGUAAUCUCGAUGCUAUCCGCAAGCAGGCUGCAGAGCAACCGGGAGCCGACACGAUUGAGGAGGUCGCGACACCGCUCUUUGAGAAUGUGAAUGACACUAAAACUGCGGUUGCAGUAGCUGAGGAGCCCAAGGCCGAGGAACCCAAGACUGAGACCAAGAAGUCCGACGUCAAAGAGCAUGUGAAGGAUAAGGAUGAAUCCAAGGAGUCCAAGGCCGAGGAGGCCAAGGAGAAGGAAGACGCAGAGGAUAAGGAGACAGAGUCCAAGGACUGA